AUGUACGCACAAUUCGAGCUUCCAGCAAUCCGUCCGUCCUACUUUGAGGACCUUCUCGAUCCCUCAGUCCCAGUCGGCUGGCCAUCCUCCUCCAUACCCUCCGACUUCCUCUCACCGCUCACGCCUCCACCCGAAAUGAACGGCAUGCCGGAAGCUGCACACCCCGGCUACUAUCAACAACAAGAGAAUGGACUUGGCACCGCCGGUUAUCCAUCGGGCGUAGAUGCUUACAGACUCCCUCCUACUUCGUCGUUCCCUCGCGAAGUGUCGAACGCGGACUUUGGACCCCACCUUCAUCAAAAACGUGCCCCACGCACAGACACGAUUGCACCCUCAUUCCAGGUACCGAAGACGGUGAAUGACAGUGGCGGCAGCCUCUCCGAGCUUGCAGCGCAGAUCACUUGCUUGUUCUGGUUCGAGUCGUCAAAUCUGCUCCAGCAAAUCGAAGACUCCGUUAUUCCCCUGCAGCCUGCGCGCCCGCUCGUAUCGGACGCCAAACCGACGUCUGGCUUCCGGAAAUGGGUGACCACGCUUCUCUCGACCACGCUGGUGGCGCAGAACGUGGUCAUUCUCGCCUUGCUCUUCAUCUAUCGCCUGAAGAAAUUGAACCCCAGCGUACAAGGAAAGCCAGGGAGCGAAUAUCGAUUGUUGACCGUCGCUUUGAUGCUCGGAAACAAAUUCCUCGACGACAACACCUACACCAACCGCACCUGGGCCGAAGUUUCGGGCAUUAACGUGUCUGAGGUUCACAUCAUGGAAGUGGAAUUCUUGAGCAACAUGAAGUACUGCCUGUUCACCACCGCCGACGACUGGUCGCAGUGGCAGGCUCUCCUGGGCAAGUUUGCCGCAUUCUUCGAGCGAGCGAGCAGGCCGCUUCCCGCUGCCCUGCACGCUCCGAUCCUGCCACCUGCGUCUUCUCUCAACUUCCCCGUGGCUCUUCCAUCACCUCCGGCUUCGAACCAAGCUUCGCCGGCGUAUCUGGCCGACCUGGGCUCGAACGGUGUGGCGUAUGGCGUGCCUACCAUGCCCGGACCUAGCCCAGCUCCGUCACCCCACGUCUUCUCCGCGCAUGGCGCAGUCGUCAAUCGCCCGAACUUACGGAAGAGGAGUCGCGAUGAGCAUGCGGUAGAGCCUCCUCCAAAACGACAAGCGGGCGGCUAUCCUGAGUGGCAAGCACCGCAUCAAUACGCGAUGCCACAGAGCGGUCAAGUGCUGCCGCAGCUACCGCGCCCGAUGUUGCCCAGUCUGGCAAGUCAGAGCGUGUCCCAUCCUUCUUCUGGCGUCCUCCACUCGGGUGGGCCAUUACCACAGCAGCUCCCUCCCUUGGCCGUUCCUGGAAGAGCGAUGGGGAUGGUCUACCCCAGUAUGAACGCCCCGAGUUUACUGCCACAAGUCCAGCAACUCGCCAAUCCUGCACAAACGCAGUCUCAAUGCUCGUCUCGGCAGCACAGUCCCUACGCAACUUCCAGAACGGGGUCACCGCUGGGUGGCGUGGCUCAAUCGGCACCGUCGCUGCACCCGGCCGUCCAAAUCUCGCCGACGUACUUGCUGCAGAAGAGGGACUCUCCGUAUCGCCCGGUGCACAACGUCGCCACUCUGCUGCACCCCCCGCCAUCCUCGACGCUGGAGCACCGCGCGCAGAACAUGGAGAGCAACCAGAUGUACUAUCAGCCGCUGGGCAAACCACAACAAAGGCAGACUGGUCGGCUGCCGUAUGUCUCGCAGAACAUGUGGCUUGACGGUGACGGACACCUACCCGAGACGAUGACUCCGGUCCAGCAAUGGCCAUCAUUCAUCAACACCAACCACUACCAGCAGCUAGUAUCGCAGCAGUGA